AUGCCUGGCUUACUCACAAGAUCAAAGUCGUUGCGACUGCUGAGGGGUAGCCGUAAGGAUGUUCGUCAAGAGGAAACGCCGCAUCCCCUACCGCUACCGAACAAUUCCAAAGCCGAAAUCGACAUGCACAAGUUAGCCGUACCCAUCUCGACACCCUUGAGGAAGCCGGAGAUUCCCAACAUGACAACACGGCCGAGAACGGCCAAUGGGCCUGGAGAUCGACCACCGUUGUUCCACAAGAAGACGAAUCCGGUACCUUCACUCUACUCCCAGGACCACAUCCAGAGUUUGCCUGCGCUCUCGAGCUCGACAGUUGUUUUAUCUAGUGCAGAAGGUAGAGGGGGGCUGGACGAUCACACUGGAGUUAUUGGUAUUGCGUUGGGAAGCCCGACUAGAGGAUCGCAUUGGAAUAUUGCAACACCUCAGACUCCGGAAUACAAUACUGAGUCUUCAGACGAAAAUACUGACACGGGGAAUCGUCGCGCAGUAAUCACUUCGUCUGACAACGCCCGCCAGAAUCCACCCAAGUCAAAACUCAGCCGGUGGAAAUCCUUGUUCAAGAGAACCGCGCGGCCUCCUACCCAGCAGGACAAGCAAUCGUUUUAUCAGGUGGUAUCGACUGUCGCUACAGAUCGCGCGGACAGCCACCAUACCAAUGAAUCGCUGGACACACAAAUACCAGAAGAGCCAAACAAAGAAAUCAAUGCAUUGUCGCCUCCCGCCUACAAGCCAGACAGUCGUAAAUCUCGCAGCGCGGAAGACGAGCCUGCUGCGUUUCCACAACCACCCCAACCCAGACAGCGCGCAUGGACAGUUGAAGUCAAUCCGACUGAGCAUCGACGAACGAGGAUAAAGAGAGCCUCUACGGCCCCUAGUAUUCAUACGAAUGGCCUUGCUCUAAAACCGUUGCAAGUCGCGCAGACCGAGACCGUUAAAGCGCCAUUACGAAGCCUUUUCAAGCGCUCUCCAACUGUUCCCCAAGUAGAAGUCAUGUCGAGCCCACAAAUUAUGACUGUUGGUACACCGCAGGAGAUACCCCUGUUAGAUAUCAGCAUUCCCGACGAGAAGCUGGAGAGAUAUAGUGUGAUGUUUGGCACUGUUCUCCAGCAACCACCGAGCCAAAAUGUGUCAUUAUUGGAACGAAGGCAAGCCAAUGCUGAGAAGAUCCGACCACCAAGUGGGUUGUCGAUCAAGGGGUUGGAAGAGGGGAAUCUAUUGGACCAUCCGCCAAAGCGAAGGGCAACAUCACCAAUGCUCCCGUCCCCCCAGCUCAAACUUUCCCUGUUUCCUCCUACAAAUGCCGGACGACCACCAUCUCCGCGUCCAGCGUCUAGGAACCGGAACAGGUCUCGAACCACGCCUGCAAACUCGCCUCUCAGUCAGACGUUAUCGCCCACCUCUGGCGAAGGCAACAGUACACCUAGCAUUCCCAAACCUGAACCAACGGCAACUAUGAAAGUGAAGCCGCGACGGCCGGCACUCACAUCAGGUUCGGUACGCGGCUACGAUUCUGAUUCUGAGUUGAUCACUGUCAUCGUAGACAACACAGCUGGUGGGGACAGCCAAGGGUGGAAUAUCAGUCGAGAGGACAAGCAGUCAAAGCAAGAAAAUCUUCCGCGACUGCUCACGAUUACAAAGCGGGAUGUAGAUGUCCAAAUUGCAGAGCCCAUGGAGGCCCCAAAAAGCGAGCCGACGCCUGUCUCAACCCCGAGAUCAUUGCAUGACGAAGAACCUUCUGUAAUUCAGACUCUCACACGUCUCGCGUCGCAAAGACAACCUCGCGUCACCAAACUCUCUGCCCUCUCGUCUCACCCUUCCUCAGCACCGUUGGACAUUCCUUCCCCGCUAGAGAAUCUCGAAGCACUACUCUCACCCCCGUUGACGCCUGAUGAGAUCCAUGACCAGCCGCAAGAUCGCGCAACUCUUGGUAUUGCGCGUUCUGUAUCCGUGAGCCGCAAGGCGGAGAACAAAGCGACGGUGGGCAUUGCGCGCUCUGUUUCCGUCUCUCGAGCAAAGAGUCCCAGGCCUUCAUUGAGAACCGGGGCAACAUCCGAUGUUGGGAGUCCGCAGCGGUUUGUGGAGAGACGUACGCUCACGCCGACUAUUGUUGAGGUCGGUAACCGUAGGAGUCAGAGGGUGAUGCUGGUGGAUGCUUGA